CUAUUAAGCUGAUCAGUUAAGUCCCUUUUACCAUUUUAUCUGUUCCUAUUUUUUAUCCCAUCCCACCGAGGGUGUCUGUGUGAGUGAGCAGUUGAGGGGGGCCGAGCAGCCUGCUGGGAUUAAAUCACAGCAGCACCUCAAACUGUGACCAGCCCCCUCCACUGUCACCCAGUGUCCCUGCAGCCCCGGGGACGAGACUUGUCCCCGCUACACCCAACGGUCCUGGCUGCCAUGGGUGCUCCCACAGGCGCAGGGGAGGGUGGAGGAGCAAACUGCAGUCCCCCGGAGGGACAAGGGACAGGGACAGGGACAGGGACAGGGACAGGGACAGGGACAGGGACAGGCACUGCAGGCAGGUAGGGCAGGGAAGCCGGCGGGGAAGCAGACGGAGAAGGCAGCCCCAGGUUUUGCAGGGCUGCAGCCCGCUCUCCCAGCGACACCCGGUGGGUGCUGCGGGAAGAGCCGCCAUGAGGCAUCCUGGGGCGGUGGGUCCUGGGUUUUGGGGGGGGGGAUUGCUGCUGGGGGUGACCAGGGGUCUCUGUCCUCACCCGUGUCACCUCCCGGCCGCUGCAAAUGGUUCAUCCGCUGGCUCGCGGCUUGGUCCCAGCACUGUCCCGAGGUGGGACAACUGCCACAUGCGGGGGUUCCCCAGCGCCCCAUGCCACCCCGUGACCCCGCAGAGAUCCCGAUGGGGACAGAAACCGUCAUCGGGUGACACUUGCACCUGCAAGAAGAGUCUGUGAUAGGUGGGACGCAGUUCAGGCGGGGACAAGGACAAAGUCCAGGACGCCGCCAAGAAUUAUAACCCCCCUGAGCUCGGGACUCUGCCAGCCGGGGCCAAGACGAGGAGCAGAGCAGGGCCAGGCUGUCACCGGUCCGCAUCCGGAGGUGGUGACGCGCCCGCCUCACGUCACUGCUCGGGCGGCCAGGACUGGCUCCCGCCCGCGUGGUGCUGCCGGUUUCCCAAAGCGCAGUGAGUGACCCCUGGGAGCUUGCCGAGGCACCGGUCCGACCGGAGCCCGUUUCCUCCCCGGCCGCCGCUGCCUCCCCGCGGCAUGGCCGGGGCCACGGCCGGGUCGUUGCGCCCGCCGGGCUCAGCCCCGUGAGACGUGAGUUUCCUCCGGCGGCCUCCGCGCCCCGGGGAGGGCUGGAGACGGCUCUGCGGGACGGGGGGGACACCGCACAGCAGCGUCACUUGCAGGCCCAGGCACCCAGCCCUGAGCCAUGGCACUGCUCACCCACCUUCUGGCCUGUGCCUUCGGCAUGGGCUCCUGGGUGGCCAUCAACGGGCUGUGGGUGGAGGUGCCACUGCUGGUGACGGUGCUGCCGGAGCAGUGGUACCUCCCCUCCUACAUCACCAUCAUCAUCCAGAUGGCCAACGUGGGACCACUCUUCGUCACCCUCAUGAAUCGCUUUCAGCCUGGCUUGAUGAAGGAGGUGGCUGUUAUCUAUGUGAUCGUGUCCGUGGGUGUCAUGGCCUGCUUGCUCCUGGCUUUCCUCUGGAACCACACGUCCCUCAUUGCCGGGACAUCCCACAGCAUCGCCUUCCUAAUCCUGACCUUCUUCCUGGCCCUGGUGGACUGCACCUCCUCCGUCACCUUCCUGCCCUUCAUGAUGCAGCUGCAGCCCCAGUACACAAACACCUUCUUCAUAGGAGAAGGGCUAAGUGGGCUGAUCCCUUCUCUCAUUGCCCUGGGCCAGGGCUCUGGUAUCUCCAGCUGCAUCAAUGUCAGCUACGAGGUCAACAUCACCACCGGCAAUGAGACCGUGGAGAGCACUAUCUUCCAUCUGGAGACCAGCUACCUCCCACCCAACUUCUCCACCCUUGUCUUUUUCCUGCUGAUGACUGCAAUGAUGCUGACCUGCUUGUUGGCCUUCUUCUUCCUCACCCGGCAGCCCAAGGUGUGGGAGCUCUCUCAGCAGCACCUCUUUCCCAGCAGCAUUGUACUGAACUCAUUUGACCAGAUCCACGACGAGGGAACUGACUUGCACCUGAGCAGAGGCUGCUCAUGCCCAAAGGAUCCCAAGGGACCUGGGGACAUCCUGCCACAGAAGGUCUCCUACUCCCUGACCCAGCUCACCCUCAUCUACCUCCUCAUCGCCUGGGUGAGCGCCCUGACAAACGGGGUCCUGCCAUCCGUGCAGUCCUACUCCUGCCUGCCCUACGGACACACCACCUACCACCUGGCAGCCACGCUCAGCUCCAUGGCCAACCCCCUGGCCUGCAUCGUGGCCAUGUUCCUGCCCAGCAGGUCCCUGGCCCUGAUGGUCAUCCUCACUCUAGCAGGGACAGGCUUUGGUGCCUACAACAUGGCCAUUGCAGUGAUGAGCCCCUGCCCGCUCCUCCAGCAGUCCCAGUGGGGCGAUGUCAUCAUCGUCCUCUCCUGGGUGCUGUUCACCGGGACGCUCUCCUACAUGAAGGUGAUGGCCGGGGUGAUCCUGCGGAGCCGCAGCCGCAGCGCGCUGGUGUGGUACGGGGUGCUGGAGCAGCUGGGCUCCCUCCUCGGGGCACUGCUCAUGUUCCCCCUUGUCAACGUCUAUGGCCUGUUCAAAUCUGCUGACUACUGCAGCCUGCAGUGCCCAGCAUGAGUGGGGUGGGCACCCCGAGACCGCUGCUCUUGCCAGCACGAACUCCCCAAAUCAGCGAGGCUGGCUGGCUGGGAAAGCAGUGCUGGGACCAGGACGGCUGCAGACACAGCUCCCUGAUGGGCUCUGCCAGGGCGCA